CGUUGACGACGCCGACGACGACGACGACGACGACAACGCCGCUGGGAAAAAGCAGAAGGAGAAGGAGGAGGAGGUAUUGCGAGGGCAUCGGUAGCGAGUAUUUGGUACCAGUGACGAAGACGUUUAUAGUGAAGGUGCUAACGAUAAUAUUACGCGUCGUGUCACGGUCGAUCUCAUUUUUGGACCUCCGGUAUUUGUCGGUGGUUUCAUUCUAAAAAGAGAGAGAGAGGGGGAAAAAGAGUUAACAAAAAAAUAAAGAGGAAAAGAAAAUAAAGAGUGAUUUGUGAGAGACAUUUAAUCGUGUAAUCAACAUGACUAGAUCUAAGUUAAUAUUUUAGGCUCGAUUUUCUAGGUGUAUACGACGUGACGAAAAGAGAGAGAGGGAGAGAUAAGAAAGAUAAGAUAGAUAAGAGAAAGGGGAAAAAUAGAAGUGUUAGAGAGAAGAGUUGCUAGAGUUGCUGGAGUAAAAGGGCGGGGGUGUAGGAGGAAGAAGAGGCGCGCGCUGCGAGCGCUAGGAGCGGCGCCGUCGAAGGAGGAACCGUGUCUCCUCUCUUUUCCUUAUCCUCUAGGGAGGGAGUGAGAGAGAAAGAGAGAGAGAGAGAGAGAGGGGUGGUGGAGUAAAGGUAAAAGAAGAAGAAGGAGAAGGAGAAGAAGCGGUGUCGCGGCACGCCGCGCCACGCCGCGUCGUCGUCUUUAGAACGCAAGCGAUAAAUAAGAUAGAUUGAAGGAUUGAAGGAAAAAAGUCAUAAGAGAUUGAUAGAAAAGAUGUUGGCGAGUGUAGGUGAACGCAGAGCGCCGGCGAUCGCUGUAGGACUAGUGUUGCCUUUGCUUUUCUUCGUAUUACUCGUCAUGGCACCGAGUUCAUCGAUGGCUCAUAGGCCAGCUCCGAACAAUCCAAUUUUGCUGCAGCCUUCUGUACCGAGCACCAGCACCAGCACGGUUACGCCCUAUUGGAUGCAUUCUUCUUUUAAUAAUAAUAAUAAUAAUCAUUAUAAUAAUAAUAAUAAUAAUAAUAACGGUAGUUUUGAAGACAGUGAUGAGAUGACAUUAACUGACGGAUCCAACGUCACUUAUCAUCUUCAUCACGAGGAAAAGGCUCCGCUAUUCCCCAGGGAUUUAUUUACCGUCCAACAACGACGACAAGGCGCCGUAAUACUUCACGUACUCGGUGUCGUGUAUAUGUUCGUCGCCUUAGCUAUCGUCUGCGACGAGUUCUUCGUACCCUCGUUGGAUGUGAUUAUCGAAAAACUUGAGAUUGCCGAUGACGUUGCUGGUGCUACCUUCAUGGCUGCUGGUGGCUCCGCACCAGAACUUUUCACAUCGGUCAUCGGCGUCUUCGUUUCUUUUGAUGACGUUGGCAUUGGCACCAUCGUUGGUUCAGCUGUAUUUAAUAUUCUAUUUGUCAUCGGCAUGUGCGCUAUUUUUUCCCGUACCGUAUUAUCCCUCACAUGGUGGCCACUAUUUCGCGAUUGCACCUUCUAUAGCGCAAGCCUACUCACCCUGAUCUACUUCUUUCGAGACAAUUAUAUAUACUGGUACGAAGCCCUCGUGCUAUUUGGAUUCUACUUGGCAUACGUCAGCUUCAUGAAGUGGAACCAACCGAUGGAGAAACUCGUCAAGAGGAUACUCUACAGGAACAGGGUGACUAGGGUGAGGUCUACGGAUCAGCUGAUGCCCUCGCACCAGAGCGCCGCCCAAGCAUUGCAGCAUCCGAAUGCAACCAACAGUAGCGAGACGAGCGUGGGUGGUGUAUCGGGUGCAUGCGGGAGCAGUGGUAUGGCAGGCACAGGGGAUGCUGGCUGCAGUAGCAGCAGGGGUGGAAGCAGCAGCGGAGCCGGUGGUGGCGGUGCCGGUACGACCGGACAGGGCUGCGAACAGGUCCCUUCCUCUCAUUCGACCAGGGAGAGCCACGCCAAGUUCAGGCACGGCCUACUACAGCUUAUGAUCCAUACGAUCGAUCCGCUCCACGACGGUCAGUCCCGCGCCGGUAAGGUGGACGAAAAAGCGACGCAGCUACACGCGAUAGCGUCUUUGAAGGUGCUACUGGAUGCAACGAGGCCUCACAACGGUGCUGCGACCUCGACAGCGGCCCAUUAUUCCGGUACAACCUCUAGGGAGACCACCCUACAACUUCAACAGGGUUCUCAGGGUACCACAACGACUACCACCACGACAACUACUACUGCUGGCACCACAGCUGGCAUUCAGGAACUUCCAAACGGCGGUAUAGCCGCCGGUCUCGACGCCGGCCUCGAAUCGGGCGAAGAGGAUGAGCCUCCAGAAGCCUUGGAUAUGGCCUGGCCUAGUAAUUUUAAGAAGAGGAUAACUUAUAUAUUAGUAGCACCGAUUCUAUUUCCUCUAUGGCUAACUCUACCAGACACACGAACGCCCAAAGGAAAAAAAUUCUUCGCGGUAACAUUCAUUGGAUCGAUCGUGUGGAUAGCUGCAUACUCGUACCUGAUGGUCUGGUGGGCAAACGUUGCAGGUGAUACCGUUGGUA